AUGGCUCCCAUCAUACCUCCGCAGCUGCGUCACAAGCCAGUGUUACGGCUUCACAUCGACGACGUCAGUCAUCCGGCAGCACAAGUGGCCAGCAGCUCUCUGGACGGUGGUCUAUACCUCGUUCGCGCCAUUGAACACGUAGUCGCCUGGCUGUACCGGCCUUAUGGCCCCGACGACAUCCCACGAGUAAGAUCGGUAACUGUAGUUCUACGCUCAAUGAGCGGAGUGGCCUACACCACGGGCCUGCCGCUGGAUGACCUGCACAAAGAAAUCCAUCUGUCCCUCGACUACGUCCAAGGUGUGCUUUCUAGGAAUUCAGCCGGUCUACGGCAUGAGCUGGCUGGAGUCAUCACUCAUGAGAUGGUGCAUUGCUUUCAAGGCAACUGCCAAGGGACAGCACCAGGCGGUCUAGUCGAAGGUAUUGCCGACUUUGUUCGACUGAAAGCGGGCCUGUCGCCGCCCCAUUGGAACCGGGCACCCGAGAACAGAGGGCACAAGUGGGACGAGGGCUAUCAGAAGACAGCCUGGUUCCUCGAGUGGCUCGAAGAGAAGCGAGGGACAGGGACUGUCAGUUACAUGAACGAAAUGAUGAGAAGGCACAGAUAUCAUGAGGACAAGUUCUGGAAGGGUAUCUUUGGCCUAUCUGUGGACGACCUUUGGAGCCAGUACAAAGAGAGCUGGGAGAAGCCCAAGCAAGACGUUGAAGGUUCAGUUGAGAAGAGCUCAAGCAGUAUGGUGUCAGACUCAGAGUUACUGCAGAUGCAGGGAGAGGAAAAACAGGUGGCCGUACAGGGAGACAAGAAGGCGAAAGAGUUUGUGGGCUAG